AUGCACUAUCAAUGGUUAAUACAUGUAUUAAUAGUGCUUGCUUCCUCGACACUGCUAGCAAGCACCGAUGGUGCCUUGAGGUCGACGGAAUCUGCAGUACUCCCUCUUGCUCAAUCAAUCACAACGAACCGGAUCUUAGUGCGCAAGAGCGACUCUGACUCGGUCAGCAACGGGGAAGGUGAGGAUGCUGAAGAGAGGGGUCCGAGUCCAGGUACCUCAGCCAUCGAAACACUGACAAACUCUCUGAAGUCGUCCGUUAGUCAGCAACUCGACGACGCGCUCAAGAAAGGAGAGUCCGCUGACGACGUUUUUAAGCUACUCAUGCUUGACAAAGCUGCCGAUGAUCUACUAGCAAACCCGCGCUUAAACGACUGGAUCGGCUACAUGAAACUCUAUAACAAGGCGAACCCGACAAAGAGAACAACUGUGAUCGCUACGCUCACAAGUCAUUACAAAGACGAUGGGCUGGCGAAAAUCAUCGAAGCAGCGAAGCAAGUUCGAGCUACUGCGGGUCUUGCGAAGCGGGUGCAGACGGAGCAGAUCUACCGUUGGUUGCUUGCCAAAGAGACCCCGGAUAGUGUUUUUAAGUUGUUAAAACUGGAGGACACAGCGGAAAGUCUCUUUACCCAGCCUCAAAUAGUGUCAUGGGCCAAGUUCGUGGACGAGUACAACAAGGUGAACCCGACCAGUGAGACAACUUUAUUCUCGUUCCUGAAACCUCUCUAUAAGGACGAAGAGGCUUUUGUGCAUAUGCUUAUUGCUGCGAAGAAUGUUCCGAGCACGGAGAAGAUUGCCAUUCGAAUUCAAGCCGAGCAGACAGCUCUGUGGCUAAAAACCAAGAAACAACCGAUCGAUGUGUUCAAUCUGCUGAAGCUUCAGGAGACCAAGGUCCCGCUCCUUGAGAGCCCGCUGUUCACUGCUUGGGUAAGGUACACGGACGAUUUCAGCCUGAUUCACCAUAAAACGAAGAUGACUCCGAUCUCGGUGCUGAAAAAAUUCUAUGCCGACGAUGUCCUGGCAAAGAUGAUUGUUGCGGCCGACAAGAACCCGAGAUCGUCAUUGAUCGCGCAACAUUUGUUUAUUCAGCAAAUUAGGAACUGGUACGAAAGCAAGCUUACCCCCAAAAAGGUUUUCGAGCUGCUAAAGCUUGACGACGUCAACACUCCGCUGCUCGAAAACCCACUGUUCGUCUCUUGGGCGAGAUUCAACGACUACUACAGAGGGAAGAAGCCGAAAGACGGUGGAGAUCUGCUAUCGUCGUUGACGAAAAUUUACGAAGACGAGCGAAGUCUUACAACGGCAUUCGUCCGAGCAUGGCACGUUCCAAAAACCAGAUAUCAUGCGGAGCAACUACUGUAUGCACAGAUAAAUCGUUGGGUGGCGACCGAGACAGAUUCAGUGAGAGUUUUCUACCUUUUGAGUGUUAGCGGAGCAGGGAAAGAUGACGUUCGGAAGCUGCUUUAUAACAAAUACCGCAACGCUCUUGCUAAACUGCUUAAAGAAAAGAAGUCGGGCUAG